CCUUUGUUGCACCCAGACAUGCAAGUAAUAAAAAAGAAUCUUUCGAUCGAGUAGCCCGGCAAAAACACUUCCACCCCCACUCCACUCCAUACACUCACAGUACUGCCUUGUUUAGAUCUACACAAGAAUUUGGUCCCCCAAGAAACUUUCCAUCAUCAUUUUCCUUCCCAAUUAUACCAGAUUAAUUACAAUCCACACCUCAUUACGUAGAUUCUUGUCGUAUAAUUACACACAUUUCCGUGGUCUUACCUCAUCGUCAUUAUUACCACCUUGACAAAAUAAAUGAUAUUCCCACUCGUUAUACUUACCAUAUAAAGAGGGAUUGCCAAAAUGGCUUGCUUUAAAUAGCGUUUCUGGGUCAGCAUUUUUACUAGUGUAGAUUUUGUUGCGGGUUUCGUGGUUUCUUGCAAGAUUCGGGCGGAGGGGCAUGGAGGGGUUGAAGGGAAUUUGGUGUGUGAUUGUUCUUGGGGUGUUAUUCAGCAAAUGGGGUGUUGAAAGUUUUGAACUUGAUGAAAUUUUUGCCGGGAAUGAAACGGAUGUGUCGUUCUUGGAGUCUAUGUCGUAUUUGGAGUCUGUGUAUGGAGUUUCUGCAGCAGCUCCGCCUCCCGGUGCUCUCAUGGUGGGUCUUACUCUUGUUCAAGGAGCUGCUGCUAAAGGAGCUGUGUGUUUGGAUGGAACGUUACCAGGCUAUCACUUGCAUCGUGGAUUUGGGAAUGGAGCAAACAGUUGGCUCGUCCAGUUGGAGGGUGGAGGAUGGUGCAAUAGUAUUAGAACAUGUGUUUACCGCAAAAAGACACGCCGUGGGUCGUCAAAUUAUUUUGAAAAGCAAAUUGCAUUUACAGGGAUACUUAGCAACAAGGCUUGGGAAAAUCCAGAUUUUUUCAACUGGAACCGAGUGAAGAUACGAUAUUGUGAUGGGGCCUCCUUCGCAGGGGAUAGUGAAAAUAAGGCUGCAGGAUUGCAAUUUAGAGGGCAACGCAUAUGGCUAGCUGCAAUGGAGGACCUGAUGUCCAAAGGGAUGCGGUACGCGAAUCAAGCGCUUCUCUCCGGCUGUUCUGCUGGUGGUCUAGCUUCCAUAUUGCACUGCGACGAGUUCAGAGAUUUAUUUCCAAGAAGUACCAAAGUGAAGUGCCUGAGCGAUGCUGGAUUAUUUUUGGAUGCCGUUGACGUUUCCAGUGGGCGCACAAUCAGAAAUUUUUUCGGUGGUAUUGUUGGCUUACAGGGCGUUCGAAGAAACCUGCCAAGAACCUGUACCAACCACCUCGAUCCAACUUCAUGCUUCUUCCCGCAGAAUCUGAUUGCCAACAUAAGAACCCCUCUGUUUCUUCUCAAUGCUGCCUACGAUGCAUGGCAGGUCCAAGAAAGCUUGGCUCCUCCAAAAGCUGAUCCAAGGGGCACCUGGCGAUUUUGCAGUAAGAACAUCGAUCAAUGUUCAGUAUCUCAGAUUCAAUAUUUGCAAGGUUUUAGGAACCAUAUGCUGAACGCGGUAAAACGCUUUGCUGCAUCCAGACAAAGUGGUUUGUUCAUAAACUCUUGUUUCGCUCACUGCCAGUCCGAGAGGCAAGAUACAUGGUUCGGCAAAAAUUGCCCUGUAAUUGGCAACAAGGCAGUUGCAACGGCAGUGGGAGAUUGGUAUUUCGAUCGAGCAAGUGUAAAGGCGAUUGACUGCCCGUAUCCGUGUGAUAGAACUUGUCACAACCUGGCAUUCCAUUGAACCAGGACCAAUUUUGCUCCUAAAUUAUUUGAUUACAUAGGAUUAGUGAUCUCAGUUCUCCCAUUUAUAUUGUUAUUGCAAGAAACUAUUCCAUUGAAGGCAGUUACCCAAUAAUCUCAGGAAGUUGAUCUCUCUUGAUGUACUCCUGUACUAUUCAAGGAAAAAGAGAAGGAAAUCACCAAUAUUUUUGUA